UCCAACGCUCGCCGCCUGACGGCACAUCUUGGCAGUACACUUUAAGUACUCCUUUCUUCAUCCACCAAGUUUAAUCCAACACAUUAUCCACAAUGGGUAGCAACAAGCCUAGGGGUCUGCAGGCCGCUCGAAAGCUCCGUACUUCUCGAAGGGAGAACCGAUGGGCCGACAAGAACUACAAGAAGCGAGCUCUCGGCAAGUUCUACAAGACCUCCCCCACUGGUGGUUCUUCCCACGCCAAGGGUAUCGUUUUGGAGAAGGUCGGUGUUGAGGCCAAGCAGCCCAACUCUGCUAUCCGAAAGUGUGUCCGAGUUCAGCUCAUCAAAAACGGCAAGAAGGUCACUGCUUUCGUCCCCAACGACGGUUGUUUGAACUUCACCGACGAGAACGACGAGGUUCUUAUCUCCGGUUUCGGUCGACGAGGAAAGGCUAAGGGUGAUAUUCCUGGUGUCCGAUUCAAGGUCGUCAAGGUUGCUGGUGUCGGUCUUCUUGCUCUCUGGAAGGAGAAGAAGGAGAAGCCUAGGUCGUAAACUGCUCUUUAUGGUUGGCGCCUUAGGAUGCAUGUAUGAUUUUACACAUAUAGGCGGCCUUGGACGGGUUUAUCUCGUUUUCUCUGUU